AUGCGGCGAAGUUUGAGCCUUGCGGGACUCGGGAGGAGCCAAACUGUAUCCGGGGAGGAGACCACCCCUACCCCGUUCCUUUUCAUGCUAAUUGAGCUGUUUGGCUGCGCGUUUGACCUCGGGCCGAUAAAACAAGCUGAGGAUUUGACAAGGAAGAACUCGAAGACUGGAAACGGCAGUUUUCUCAGAAUUUACGAUGUUUCACCAAUUGUACAAAUAAAUCGUCACUCCAGUCAGUUUCAGAGUAAUUGCAGCUAUGCAGCUGCUGCAGUUACCCACUGCUGUCAGUAUGGCGGUUUUAUUCUCGAAGGUUACGGUUUUGUUCCUCUGCACAAAACCGUGCACUCUAAUGGCUCCAGUCUCCAAGAGAACAAUACGGUGGUGAAUUCUAUCAUCUGUCAAGACUUAGUUGAAAGGACAGCUCAUCUGCAAAGAAUGUCCCUUUCCACGGGUGCUCACUACACACAAGCUCUCCACCCUUCACUUUUCUCCACUUUCUGGACUCCUAUCGUUACUUACCCAGAAACUGUCAACUUUAAGUAUCUUGAAGACUUGAAGGUCUCUUUUUGCUCUUAUACUCCAAUAGGGCCAACCAAGGACAGUAACUAGGACGUUGUAGGCAAUUAGUGUUUGUUGUUGAGUGGACCGUAUCAAUGAAAGCGGGAGGCAGUAACUAGUUUCUCUUUGUAGAUCCCAUAGCUGUGCCUGAAAAGGAGCUAAGUGGUUGUACAAAAGUCCUGCACACGUAUAAAACGUGUCUCCAGAAAGAUGCACUGGAGGGAAGAAAAGAAAAUGUGGGUGAUCCAGCAAUACAAGUGAUAGCGAGAAAAAAAAAACUUUGAUUUUCCACACCUUUGCUGUAUAAUGCAGUAGGAUAAAUGCUUUUCAUAUAUUAUUCUACUGAAUGUAUACAACCACCUUAUUAUGUAAGUAUACUCACCUUAAAAGAUGAACUCGGUUCUGAAAAACUAAGUACUUUGCCCAUAUUAUAUCAUUGGUAUAUGGAGAUAUAAGAUAUGGGGUCUUACCCCUAGCUAUCUCCUGGCCAACAACAAAAACGCUGAAAGUUCUGUCACUGUGUGGGCGGCCACGUUACUGUGGUGUCAGCCUGUGCACAAUUUCUACCUCUUAAAUCCUGUGCUGAUGUUUUCUCCUUGCCUCCCAAAUACCUCAGACACAUCUGUUUUCCCUUUUGACAUCUCUCUGCUCUUAUUGUUUAUACCCUACAGAUUUGCUUUUGAGUUUUCAUAGUAUUUUCUCAUAAUUUCCUAAGAGUACUUAAUCUCUCAAACAAGAGUAAAAGCUUAAUGAAAAGGUUUCUUACCUUCCCCAGAAGUCUCCACGGUGUUAGGCACAUAAUAAGUGUUCAGUAUGACCCCUCUGUUCUCCUACUUGUUAGUAGACAUCAAGAUCAGAUUUUUCUGCCCUCUGUUGAUUACUAUGGCUUUGACUCUUGUCUCUCUUUGAAUAAGUGGAACUGGUCCCAGAACUAAAUCUUCAGUUGUCUAUUACCCAUCUCCAGAUAGAUAACAGAAGUCACCAGCACCUCCAGCCCCCAAAUUAAGUUUAUCAUUUUCCUUCAUAUUAACCUGGAUGGAAGUGGAAGACAUUAUUCUUAGUAAAGCAUCACAAGAAUGGAGAAGCAUAAAUCCUAUGUACUCAAUUUUGAUAUGAGGACAAUUAA